GCGAGCGCUUCUAAAAAAAAAAAAAAAUAAUAAUAAUAAAUAAUAAAUUAUUCAAAACAAUAUGUAAGAAUCAUCUAAAAUACAGUACGGUACGCGUAAAAUCGUGUUCGGACUUUUUUGAUUCUUUGCACAAUAUUACAGUUUACGUCGCGUCAUAUGAAAUAUAUUAUUAAUAAACCCUAUUAUCUAUAACUAUACAUAAAUUGUGAUCGGAUUACGUGUGUGUUUUAAAAAUGUCGAUAAUAUUGUAUUUGUGACUGUAGCUUAUACUUGUCAGUAUGCACACUACUAUACAUGUAUACCUAGGUUGAAAUUAUUUAUCAUUGAAAUUGUCGGUUAUCUCGAGUGUCGCUGCUGUCACCGCCGUACUUAUAAUAUACCGUCAACCCAUCGGCUUUACAAAAGCACGACGUAAAUAAAAUAAUUACUAUAAUCCUACGAACGAUCAUCGUCACUGCCUCUGCCAUUAUGUUGAUCAUCGCCGUAAUCGAAUUCAUCAUGGUGUCCGUAUGCAUGUUCGCGUCCAGCGCCGGUGUGGCGAUCGCCGUCGUCGCCGUCAUUGCGUACACCGUAUACGGCAGGAUCAACAAACACAAAGUGCUGUGUAUCCAACAGCGGGACAUUUUGAACACUAAAUUAAAAGCGAAAGUGGCGUCCAAGGCAGAAAAUGAUCAAGAUAAGUUUUUCGAAGUUCGCGAUUAUUUGGAACGGCUAGUGGAAGGGCUGGUGGACGGAGGUCUAGAUGACGUAUGCCUCACGCCCCUGUCCACCCACCCGCAAUACAUGUCAAUAUGUUGGAAGUACCACGAACAGUUGGCUACCACGCUGACAGCAGCCAUACACUCCAUCAUAAACGAGUCUGAUGAGUUUGAUGAUAUUCCAAUAAAAUUAAAUACAAUUUUGCAAGAAGUGUCUUAUGACGUAGAAAAUCUUCCAGAACUACAGGCUGCCCAGAAAAAGUGUGCUGUUCCAUUGGCAGAAGAUUUAAACGAAAAAAAUUACGAAGAUCUCUUGGCUACUGCUAUUUUAAAUAAGAUUGUCGCUAAUAGUCAGACAAAGAAGAAAGUCCCAAUUGGAAGAACUCGAAUUUCUAAAUAUCCUCCAAAGCAAACGGGUUUAAAUCAGAAUUCUUCAAAUUCGAAAAAUACCAAAGAGUCGUUGAGAACCCCUAGAGUGUCUUUAACUGUAGAAGAAUUCACGGAAGAAGUGACGACGACUAGUUAUAAUACAUACUCCGAUAUCGAAGGCGAUUAUGACGAUGGGUACAACGAAGGUGACGAAGAAGAAGAUGAAAGAUCGCAAUCGGCUAUCGGAAUGUUCAUGUCAAACGCGAAAUUGCUUCGAGGACAUACUGCACCUUUACCAGAAUUCGGAUCUGAUUCAAUUGAGGACGGUAGUACCAUCGAUCCCGACGAUCAAGGAAUAAGCACAACGGUGGACUCGUGGGAAGACAACUGGCUGUUUCAAAAGAAAAGGGUCAAUCGGAUGUCCGGCUCCAACAAUUAUCAUCAUCAUCCUGUUCCCGUUCCAAUGUUAGUUCCGAACCCAUCUGAAGUCACCAGGCCACUAAUAGGCGAUCGUGAUGCUGAUGAAACGUCUGAACUGUCCGACUACUCAAAUUCAGCACUGGACGAAUUGCUUGAACUCUCUGAUUUUGAGUCAGAGCCGCUGCAGACAAAACAUUCGGACGUCGACACAAACUCCACAGAUGGUGGGAUUUUACUAUUUGAAGGUCCUAGCAGCGAGGAAGACAAUCCACUCAACUGGGAUCCCAUAGUGGAGGCUUGCAACAAACACGUUGCGCUUUCCCAAGUAGAUUCCGGUCAAGGUUCAAUGGACCAUCAGAGAGAUUUUGAUCACUCUCUAGAAGUCAACGAAAAACCUGUGCCUAGGCCAAGGUCUAGUUUAAUGUUAAAUACCACUGACAGCGAAAUCAACUCAGUGUCAUCCGAGGAAGUUAACGUAGCACAAGAAGACGAACCGUUACCUCCAAGGCCAGGUACAAUAGCUGAACGAGAACAUUCUAAGUGGGAAAAGGCGGUACCUCUGACAAAUAACCCGUACUCCGCUGAGAAUAUUGAAAAACGCAAGUACAAGUCGUUGUACGGCAGCAGGAGUAGUAGCGAGGCAUCAUUAAAUUUAAUCAAUGGAAACGAAACGUCAGGUCCGUUGAAAAUAGUCUGCAGCCCCUCGUUAUCGGACACUCAGCGGUACGGUCGAGAUUACUACGUCAAUCAAUCCAGGGAAUUAAAAGCCAGACAAAAACAGACCAAGGUAUCCAAACUGGUAGUACAAAUUGGUGGAGACGAAUACGAUCAUGAACGGCGAACCAGCGGCACACUGCAGGACUCAACGCCGGUUACCCAGGAAUCACCGUCCGGUGGUGACUCGUUCGCGUCAUUUGGCACUUGCGGCAGCCCACAACGCCAAGAAAAAUUGGUUCAGUUGUGCUCGUGGACGGACCGACGGGAAAGCGGAGUCGGUAUUCCUAAGAGUUCAAUCGCGGAAUCGGCUGUUGACGUGCACCACUGUAUGCCUUCGGUCAGAGAAUUAGCCAAACAAUUUUCCUCUAAAAAUGCUGAAAACACAUGCAAGAACUCGAGCCGACAAGUACAUAGUUUGACGGCUAGGAGCCUUAGCCGAGAAUACCGCGAAGGAUUGGGAUUGAAAGUGCGUGAUAAAAACGGACUUGCCAUACAAGACUCCGAUGAUAGCGGCAACGGAUCUGCCAAGUCCGAGGACGCUACCACUAUAGUUAAUCGCCAGCUACAGAAGGCUUAGUGCAGAAGUCCGCUAUUACAGCGGGUCAACAACUUAUUAUAUUAUUAUUAUUGUUGCCAUCGCAGUGGCUAUAAUGAUAUAGAGAUUUCUAUAAUUUCUAUAUACUAUAAUAUAUAGUCUUCGCACAAUUAUUACUUUUAUAUUAUAUUACGGUACAUAUCAUAUUACACCUAUAUAGUGUAAGAUAUUAAUAUAAUAUGAUAUUUGUUCUAUAGCAUUGAUUUUACAAAGUAUACCUAUCUAAUAAUAUUAUAAUAUCAAUGGUUAUAGACACAUAAACCCAAUACCUAGUAUGAGGUAUGAAUAGAACUGCAGUUGUUGUAUUGUUAUAAUUUAUUAUCGUAUAAUAAUAUUAAUUAAACUGUUAUUAUUAUUUAUUUUUAAACAAUAGGUACCUAUAAUUAAAAACUAUUAAAAACGUAGUUUUUUUCAAUUACAGUAAGUUUAUUUUUCAAAAUUGAAAAACAUUAUAAUUUAUAGGUACAAUUGUUGUUUUAAUUAAAAAUAUACAUAAUUUGUUAUAUUUGUAUUCUUUAUAAUAUUUUUAUGAAAAAUAUUUUGAAAUAAUAAAUAUAUAUUUUAUUAUAUGUUUAA